GGAGGCGCCACCGCGGCUAGCGGCGAGCAGAGGAACGUUGAUCGAUCCGAUGGAGGACCAUUGCAUACAGAAAAUAGAGCGCAGUGAAAGCCUGAUGUAGAAGUAGCCAUUAUUAGGACCAAAGAAUAUUGGUAACAAAGUCACUUGUGUUGAUAACUAUAAUCUUUUUUUCAGAUCUAUUAGAUCACGUAGCGAUUAUUUUGUUUUUUAGGACAGCAAGGUUUGUUUUCACUUGACCGUUGCGACCACGGAGAUGGCAAGUUUAUAUGGAUCCCAGACUGUAAUUUCUCUGUUGCAUCGUGUUCUGAGAAUACUUGAAGAAGAAAGUGCUUUAGAAACUGACAUUAGCAAACCCGUUGUCCAGUUUAAACACCCUGCAGAACUAAAGAAGGAACAAUUGUUUGAAAACUUGGGACCACCUGCAACGGAAGACAGCCUGGAGACAGUGGUGCGGGAUGUUGUUAGAUUCAGUGUUAAGACCCAACAUCCUCUGUUCCUGAACCAGCUGUAUGGACGGGUGGAUGAGUAUGGACUGGCAGGAGCAUGGAUUACUGAGGCACUCAACACCAACCAACAUACAUUUGAAGUGGCUCCAGUUUUCACACUAGUAGAAAUGGCUGUCAUUGAACGACUUCUCCAGGUUGUUGGUUAUGGGGAAGGUGAUGGUAUCUUUGCAGCUGGUGGGAGUAUGGCAAAUAUGUACGCAAUGGUUCUGGCUAGGUUCAAACUGUGCCCAGAAACAAAGAAAACUGGACUUUAUUCCACCACCCCUUUGGCUGCUUUCACUUCUUCUGAUAGCCACUACUCAGUCCUCAAAGCGGCUCACUGGCUAGGGUUGGGCAUGGAUCACAUUCACAUGGUCGAUACGGACAAUGAAGGCCGAAUGCUGCCUGAAGCACUUGACCUGAGGAUACAAGAAGCACUGGAUGCUGGUGAAAGGCCAUUUUUCGUUAACGCCACCGCCGGCACAACUGUGCUUGGAGCCUUUGAUCCCUUACAUUCCAUCGCUGAUGUCUGUCAUAAGUACAGUGUGUGGCUGCAUAUUGAUGCAUGUUGGGGUGGUGCCUUGUUCUUUUCUCAGAAGUACAAGAAUGUACUGGAUGGAGCUGAGAGGUCAGACUCAAUUGCCUGGAACCCUCACAAGAUGCUUGGAGCACCCCUGCAAUGUUCAGUGAUACUGUUGAAAGAAAAGGAAUUGUUGUACAAAUGCAACAGUGCAUCAGCGACGUACCUAUUCCAGCAGGAUAAAUUUUAUGACACAACGUAUGACACUGGGGAUAAGAGUGUGCAGUGUGGGAGGAAACCUGAUGCUUUCAAGUUGUGGCUCAUGUGGCGAGCUCGUGGGGACGAGGGUUUGGCUGCACUGGUGGACGAUGCAAUGGAUAAGUCUCGAUAUUUCUUGGAAAAAAUUAGGAACCACCAAGACUUCCGGUUGGUGCUACCUCAGUUCCAGUGUACAAACAUUUGCUUUUGGUAUAUCCCGAAGUGUUUGCAAGGUCAGCCUGAAACUACAGAAUGGUGGGAAAGAGUGGGCAAGGUUGCUCCACUGAUCAAACAGCGCGUAGCCAUGAAUGGGAGAUUGCUGAUUGGUUAUCAGCCUCUAGCACACAGACACUUGCCAAACUUCUUCAGGUUUGUGUUGGCCUGCCACCCGACCCACUCAGAGGCUCACCUAGACACUGUCAUAGCUGAGAUUGCAGCUGCAGGAAGUGACCUCCUCGUGUGAAACUAACAGUAUUACCUACGCUUAGACAAACUAUUUUCAUACUGUCGUCUUUCUGUCAGCUUUUUUAUUAUAAACUGUUGCAUAUUAUGUACUUCAAAUAAAUUUUAUAACUAUUA